GCAAGCUACUUCUACAUUUUCGCGCAAUGGAUAUCUCCCUUGAACCUUGACUGCCGUGCGGUCUGUGCAAGCGAUCUCAGCCAGGUCUUCUGCAUAAUGCUUGACGACGAGGGAUCGCCGCAGGAUCCGCCACCGAAACGGAGGGCAUCACUGGCAGAAGGCAGCGUUGAAGGGAAUGAUGUGCACGAGUUCGAAGUAUCCCCGGCAAUGUCAAGCGCAGAGGCCAGCGAGCCAAACGGGACGAUGUCUUCCGAGUUGGGCCGCACAACCACCCGACCUCCCUUGAUCGCGAGUAAUUUCAUUCGAGGGCAGCGGCGCUCUUCGGUCUCCGGCCAGCUCAGCUGGUCGGUCCUGGUCGUCUUGCGAUUUCUGAAGCGACCAGCUUUUGUGAACUUCAUGGGUCUGUUGACUCUGUUUGAUGCAUACUUGACGUGCACAGACAUAGAUCGCAGAGCAGCAGGGAUGGACCGCGUUCCCUGGAUGGCAGUUGCCAUGGAUUUCUGUCUGAUCAUGUACUUUUGUGAGUACGUGCUCUGGAUUUGGGUCAAGCGCUUCGGCGUUUGCAUCGACAACUUCCUCCUGAUCGAUCUCUUCAUUCUGGUGACGGGUAUUGCAGAUUUAUUCUUGGACCGCAUCCUCUAUCAGGAUCAGGCCAUGAGGGAGAACUUCGGCUGGAUCCGCUUCCUUCGGAUUGUUCGCAUCAUGCGUGUGCUGAAGCUUUUCCGCAGAAUAUCCUAUCUCAAAGAGCUCCGAAAGCUGCUGACGAUGGCCACGACGUGCAUGAAGACACUGCUGUGGUCAUUCCUCUUCUGCUUCGUUAUCAUGAGUUGCUGGGCAAUGCUCCUAGUCGACAUCGUCUAUCCGCUCAUACAAGAAAACGAAGAGCUCGUUGACUGCGACCAGUGCCAAAGAGCAGCAAGUUCAGUAAUGGACGCGAAUCUUCUCCUCUUCAAGACGGUGAUAGCUGGUGACAGCUGGGGUCUGAUCGCAGUCCCACUCAUUGAGGCCCAUCCAGCCACUGCAAUCAUCUUCGUGGGAUCCCUGCUCACUCUCGAAUUUGGUGUGCUGAAUUUGAUUGUCGCCGUCGUUGUCGACACCUUCGCUGAACUUCGUGAGCGUGAUGUGAUGAACCGUGCCGAGGAGAUGGAGGCAGAAAUCGAAGAAGACAAGCGGUUUCUUCAGAGAAUAUUCGAUCGAGCGGACGAGGAUGGAAGUGGUGAGCUCACCUUUGAAGAGUUACUUGAAGGAGCUCGAAAUGAUCCGGAGUUUCAAAGCCGACUGCGGGUCAUGGACAUUGAUGAGGCUGACUUACAUCAGCUUUUCAGCAUGAUCGAUGUCGAUG